UUAAAGGUAUUUUUAAGUAGCAUAUGUUAUUUCAAGAUCAGAACAAUUUUUGUCGCUAUGGUAUAAAAAUGUGUAAUACAUCCCCUGAACAUGAGUCAGAUGAUGUAAAAACCAGCAAUCGCUUAAAGUUAUGUUACGGAAGAUUCAUUUUUAACCAUCACGCCACUUAUUCCCAUAGAUUGUUCCCCUGUUUCAGUGGGGGAAUACUGAACAGCUCAUUAGGAUGCUUUGAACAGGAACUGAACUGACAUGUAAUUACUGGGGAGAUUUAGCAGAGGAGUUCCUGUUUUUUCUUUUUAAGGGGUUCUUCACAACAAGAUCUCAUUAGUGUUCAGUGCUGUUCACCCUUUUGGAGGCAAAGUUAUCAUUUUCAUCUCAUCUUGAUCCCAUUAGUUAUUUAAAGCAUGUUAUGUAUAGAUUGAGAAAUGUACAGUUCACAAAUACAUUUAGGAUUUUGGGUCUCAUAUCCACUCUAAAAAUAAUUUCAUCAUACUGAAGAGAUGCCAUAAAUUAAAGGCUUCUAAACAUCCAAGAUUCAAAUUGACUGGACUUCUGCUCAAAAGGAUAAUUUCACUCUCACCACUUUUGAAGCAUUCGGUUUUCUGACUAGUUUCUAAACAAGGUACUGUAUAAUAAUUGUUUAUCUAAGUAAAGUAAUGCAACAGCAGAUUACAUGACUUCAAUGCAAUGUGGUCACACAUAUAGCAGCACAUUAUUGCAUCUUUACUUCAAACUUGUAUGACUUGUACACAUGACAUGUUGUAUGAACAUUUUUCUUUGUGAUGCUCCAUGUUUAUGCUAUGUUCCCCAAGGAUGUAGGUAGCCUAUUCUGCAUCUGUGCUAUAACUGUCCUUCUCAGCUGAUGGUUUUGCAGCAAUACCCCCCGCCAGCAGAGGGUGCUGAAGGCCCGGACACAGAGGAGCAGAAUGAUGAUCACAGGCUGGGGAUCUAUGGCUGGAGGAAGCGCUGCCUCUAUCUGCUGGUGCUUCUCCUGCUCUCCACCCUGCUGGUCAACAUUGCCCUGACCAUCUGGAUUCUCAGGGUCACCUGUCUCAACACAGAAGGAAUGGGGCAGCUGAGAAUUACAUCAGAUCGGGUGAGGCUUGAUGGAGUGUCCGAGUUCCUCUUCUCUCUCUACGCCCAAGAGAUACACUCCAAACAGGAUACCUCCCUUCUUAUCCACUCUGAGUCCCAGAAUGUCACGCUCCAAGCCUGCAAUGGGAAAGGAGGUGUGUUAGGUAGCCUUAACCUGGGUCCACAAUCCAUGGAAAGCAUAGGACAGCAUUUUGAGGUGAUGACAAGCACUGGGAAAUUGUUAUUUUCUGCUGGUACAGAACAGGUAGUUGUUGGAGCGGAUAAGCUAACCAUUACAGGGUCUGAUGGUGCUCAGUGUGAACAUUCCAUAGAGACAUCUCUGGUCAGGGCAGAGCAUUCCAUGGACUUGAGGUAACUUUAAAAUGUUGACACCUAAUGGCAAUUAGGAGAGGCCUUUGCUUUUCUUCUAUUGUUAAAUUAGAGGUUUGAUCAUUUUGUCUCCAUUUCUUGUGACAGAAAUAAUCCCACCUUGGGUAAACAACAUAACGAUUAAACAUCAUUUGUUGUCUUACAGUCACCGUAUGUAUCACACAGCAGGGCAACAUUUCCCAGACAUCUUCUCUCUUCAAUAUAAAUGUCCCAUCAACAGCAGUGUCCGCAGUGGUGGAGUGCAGGCUGCAGGACAGAUGUAACAGGCACAACAGUCCCCUGCUCUGGGGUUCGGAGCAGCGUGUGUUUCCUGUGCCAUUGUUAUCUCUCCCUCCAUCUUUGUUUCCCCAGUGUGUGGCCCUCAGAAUGCACAGCGCUCUGCUCACUCUCUCUCCCUCAGCAUACAAAGUGUCCUACCUUAACGAAUCCUAAUCCUAAUGCCACACACUCCAUGUACUGCCAGUGGGUGGGAGUAGAGACCUCUUUUGUGUACAGACCUAUAAAUUGGGACUUAUGUAUUUAGGGGCUUUACUGUCGAUGUAAAGAGAUGCUUUUGUGGAAAUAUGCAAAUCCAAUUUACAUGUUUAAUUAAGAUAAGAGGUAUUAAGCUAAUUUCUGAUUUGGAUGGAUCAAGGGGUCUCAUAGCAACAGCUUGGAGAUGGUGUGCAUAAAUAUUAAUGUCAUUGGCUCAUAUUGCUCGGUGAAAACACCCAGUGAAUUUGUCCAUAGUUCUUUCAGUUUCUGCCGAUUUCCAACAAAUUAAAUUCAAAUAUGUUCUGAAUUCGAAUUUAUAAUAUGACUAAAUACAUUUGAAUGUAGACCGAAUACAUGUGCUAAACUGGUAAUGUAUGGAUUUUCUGCCACCUAUAGGCUUAAUUCAAGUCCAAUUCGGCCUUCUAAGUGUAAAGUAUGCACCACUUGUGUCCAUUCUCUUAUUAUCUAAUAUCCUUUACUGUAUACUCUGUCUUUCUGUGUGGUCAGGCUAGAGGCCCCCACCCGUUCCCUCCACCUGGAUGCUCCAAAGGGAGUCCACAUCAAAGCAGUGUCCGGCAGCGGCCAGGUCGUGUCCAGCAUGGACAUCUCUCUACUCUCUAUGGACGGAGCUUUGAUUCUGGAUGCUGAGAGGGUGCAGCUGCCCAAGUUACCUCUGAGUGGAGAAGGAGAGAAAGGGAGUCCUGGGGAGCAGUUGUAUGAAGUGUGUGUGUGUCCUGAUGGAAGACUGUACCUGUCCAAAGCUGGUCACACCUCCACCUGCCAUGACAACAGUCACAAUUGUUAAAAGACCACACUCUAUUAUCUUGAGAUUUGUAUUUACCUGGGAUCAUCUUUAUACAUACAGGACAUCAUUAUAGAUGUGCAGUCAGUUGUGUAUUGCCUGAAAGUUAUGCAAAGUGCAUAUUAGAAAAAUAUGAAAGUUCAGAAAACUUUUAAUAAAAGAACAUUUGUAUAUUUUAAUAGUUUUUUUUCACAGUGUCAUAUCUAAAGAUGUACAUGCAAGGUGUUCUACUCUAGUGGCACCAACUGUGUUACCUGUUUUGUCUGGGAACAGUUUCAUUAAUUAUAUUUGUGGAUAUUUUCAUCCCUUUCACAGUAAACAGAUGUUGGUUAUGAUAUUGUACAACCGAAUAACAUGUAUGAUACUAUACGUCCUAUAUGAUAUUGUACGACCGCUAUUCCAUCCAUAACGUAACCUAUUGUAGGGUAAUAUAUCAUACUAAACGGAGGGAAACAAAUGCUUUUUCCAAAUCCUACCCAUUGCCCUGAAGACAGGUUGAUAUUUGGAACAUACAGUGUACA